AUGGCUGGCGGCAAAAUCUACCGGCACCUGGGCCGCAAAUCCUCGCAUCGCAAGGCCCUGCUACGCAACUUAGUCACGUCGCUGAUUGAGAAUGAAUCGAUCACAACAACCUGGGCGAAGGCGAAGGAGGCACAACGGCUGGCAGAUACCCUGAUUACCCUGGGCAAGAAGAAUACAGAGGCCAGCCGACGGAAAGCACUGUCGAUCUUCUACCUAUUCGGACCCCUCCGCGAGCGCUACGCUGAGCGACAAGGAGGCUAUACUCGCGUGCUCCGCGUGGAGCCGAAGCAAAAAUACGAAUACUACACAGUAGCCAAGGGCGAAAAGAAUGCCAAGCGAGAACGCAAGCCGGAUGACCAAGCUCCGAGCGCAAUCCUGGAACUCGUCGACGGACCCAAGGACACGCGGUUCGCCAUGGUGGCGCGGACUGUUGCACGCCAGCGGGAGCUAGGAAAGCCGGAAUUGAACAGCUUGACUGCAUUGAACGAUGGCAUUGAUGCUUUAGAGCAGGCGAUUUCGCAGUUGCAGCUUCGAAAGGGUAAGCCCGCGAAUACAGAGAAGGGCGAGGCCAAGAUCCCUUCAACGGUUGAGAACACGAAGAAGCUAUAG